AUGAAGUACUUAAUGAAGGGAACGAUUCUAAUUUUUCUAAGCGUUCUCUCAAUGAGAACGAUGGGUUUGCCAAACGGAGCACCGGUAGAUUCAUGCGAAGAUCUGUUGCCUCGUCAUCCUGGAGUUACGAAGCAGGAAACUCAGCCUCCUCCUUACCAAGUUUUACCAGCUGCAGGACAAGGUAGAGUCCGCUUAAUUCUAGGAAGUCCUCAUGGUCUUGCCUACGAAGGUUUCAUGAUAGUUGCACGUGACUCUGAGACCGGUGAAUUCGUUGGAGAGUUCGCCAACUUGCCCGAUUCAGCAAGAAUUGUCGAAUGCACACCAGGUGUAAAGAACGCGGUGACUCAUACGAAUACCAGCAAGAAACACAAUCUUGAAUUUGAUUGGGAGGCACCUGUGGAUUACGAGGGUACUAUUGUAUUCAAGUCCACGAUCGCGCAGGAUUACAGUACCUAUUGGGUCGAAGUAGAAUCGCCUCAAGUUAACGUUCGCAAGCGAUCCAUCGACGUAUUGACCUCAUCUACCUCGAUCACCACGUUGAGAACAACCACACCGCCCUAUUACAGCCCGACCGUCGAUUACGAACCGACGAACACUGAGGAUCCCUUUUAUACCGGAUGUGGUUCAACGAAAAAUUGUUUCGGUACUCCGUCAGGAUGCAUAGAAGAAAAGAAUUGUAUCGCGGCAGUGACUGUACUCGUUCAUGGAGAACGAUAUCUUUUUGAAUUGCAAGCACGUGACAGUAAAUACGUCGCUGUCGGUUUAUCUGAUGAUAGUAAAAUGGGUGAUGACAGUGUAGUUGAAUGUGUGAACGAAGAAGGAGAAAUUGGAUUAUAUAUGUCUUGGAACUCUGGAAAAUCGAAUAUACGUCAGCCUAUGCAGGAAGGAGCCGUUGGAUUAGAGGCAAGUUCGAUCAAAGAUGACGUAAUCUCGUGCAAAUUUUGGAGAGAGAAGAUGACUGUCGUUCAAGGCCGCGAAUAUGACCUCGUCAAUACACCAUACAAUCUUCUUGUGGCUUCUGGUAAAAGUUUAAAAACUAAUGGUAUUGGAUAUCAUGAUACGGCACGCGACGCUACGGGUGGCGCAAAGUUAUUAUCCGACGUUGGUGAUUUUACUACGGCGAGUAACAUCUUGAUUCGUGUUCACGGUGCUCUAAUGUUAGCGUCUUGGAUCGGUACAGCGUCCAUCGGCAUGCUUCUUGCUAGAUACUACAGGCAGACAUGGGUCAGCUCGCAGUUGUGUGGAAAGGAUCAUUGGUUCGCUUGGCAUAGAUUUUUCAUGAUAUUGACGUGGUCGAUGACUAUUGCUGCCUUUGUAAUAAUAUUCGUUGAAUUGGGAGAAUGGAGUUCCGAAACGAUACACGCGUCUUUGGGACUAGCCACCACGAUUUUAGUUUUUAUUCAACCAUUUAUGGCAGCUGCAAGACCUCAUCCAGGAGCACCACGAAGAUCUCUUUUCAAUUGGGUGCAUUGGUUUGUUGGAAAUGCAGCGCAUAUUUGCAGCAUAAUUGCAAUGUUCUUCGCGGUUCGAGUGAAUAAGGCCAAACUCCCGGAAUGGGUAGACUGGAUUCUGGCCGCCUACGUAGUAUUCCAUAUUCUGACUCACCUCAUUUUGACGUUCGUUGGAUGUGCCUCUGAUAGACAAGCAAGUCAAAGGGUGAAUUCAUUCCCGAUGAAAGAUAUGCACUCUCGUGGUUCAAUGGUCCAUCCAGAUGCAAGGCAGGAUGCUCCUCAUGCUGGGAUCAGGAAAUUUAUCUUCGGCAUAUACUUUGUCGUAAUCAUCCUAUUUGCUGCGGCUCUCAUUGUAAUCACGGUAUUGGCGCCAAUAGAAGAAUCAUGGACUACUUUCACAAAAACCAUAAAAAAUUAUUAAGCUGAUAUUUAACGGUAAAUUAAAUAUGAGAUUUGAAUUGCCAUCAUGCAAUUCAGUUGUUGUGUCAGAAAUAUUAGGAAGUUCAUUAUUUCGCGUAUUGUUUAUUCCGCGUGAGUGACUAUUUAUACGUAAAUAAAUAUAAUAAAAUAUUGAGUCGAGAGAAAGUUAAUUAUUGUUUACAGGGACAAUUUCAAAGCGUGAAUAUAUAGUAAUAUAUAGGUAUAUAUUAUUUGAUAUAUUGAAUAAGAAAAAAACAUAUUAAAACAGUAGGAAUGCACAUUAAUAUUACCUUGUUACGAACGAAAGUAUAAUGAAUAUAUAUAUCAAUUUCUUUCAUCAACUCAGAGAUCUUCAUUCACUUCUAAUUUCUAUUUUCUCUUACUUAGUAGACUGACUUUUGACAAUUGAAUAAACGUUCGUGCAAAUUAUUCGUACAAAUGUCCGUCCAAAAUAAGAGUAUGGUUUAUAUGUAAAAUAUAAAAAAUUAUAUUAUUAUUAUUAUAAUUAUUAUUAUAAUAUAUUUAAUUUUUUUUUUUGAAAAGAAAAGAAAAGUAUAGUUCAAUAAUAUUGUGUUCGCAAUAUAUACUUAUUGUUAGAAGUUCUUUAAGAAUGUUGUUUGCAAGGUGCUUUUAUAUUUAAGUUUUUCUUCGAUAGGAUAAUACGUAGAGUAACUAUAUUUAUAAUAUAGCGUUUACAGUAUUAGCAUACUUUCGAUUUUUACACAUAUUUAGAUUUAUUUUGUACUAUGAUAAGUGUUGUUCUAUACAUAAUAUACAGACAAAAGUUUGUGAAAGUAUUAUGGAAUUGCGCUUAAUUAACCAAUAUAACAGUGUUUUUCAUAUGUUAUUGAUUGUUAAUGAAUAAAAAUAUAUAUAGAAUCGC